ACUGCAUGUGCUUUCGUAUUGCGAUCGUUAUUCGGCAAAUAUAGCACCUAUGAUAGAAAGGACAGCCAAGAAAAAAGGCAAGCCGGGCGCAGGCAGACGCACACCUUGCGAUCAUCACAGCACGUUUCUUGUCACUCAUUCUCCCGGCGGCAUUCUUUAAAAGUUGUCGGCUCCACUUGCGCAUCGAAAACAAGCAGGACCAACCUCCUCCUUAUCUUGUUACCCCCUCCACCUCGGACCCCUCUUGUCUGUGCCAUCUGCGCCAGACGGCCUCCUCGUCGUCACCGCCAACAGGGCACAGCAGCCAUACGACAAUGUUGCCCUCCUCCUCAGACAACGUCACCACCGGCUUGCUCCACGCCGCAGCCAUGGCCACGAUGCGUGGCAUGGAGCCGCACCCGGCGUCAUCGUCAGCAGGCAUCCGAGGCGUGCAGCUCAGUACGCCGAUCUGCCUGCUGCUCUUGCUCCUCCUCGUUUGCGUACGCCAGCGCAUCUGGCCCGACAAAAAGAACGCCGUCGCUCUCGUGCCCGACUGCGCGCAGCUCUCCGGCCCUGACCUGCGCCGGACUGCGGGUACGCUGCUCUGGGGCCACUACCGCAUGCGCAACAACAGCCGUGACGGGCCGCUCGCCGUGGAGACGAGCUGGGCGCAACAGUAUGGCGCAAUCUACCGCUACAAGGGCUUCUUCAAUGCGGACCGCAUCGUCAUCAGCGAUCCGCGCCUGCUGCACCACCUCCACAAGACACACAGCACCAGUUUCCCCAAGCCAACCGGCACGCGCAGGGUGAUUGAGCAGAUGCUCGGACACGGCAUCAUCACGUCUGAGGGCCCAGAGCAUCGCCGCCAGCGCCUCGCGCUUGAACCCCUCUUCAGCCCCUCGGCAAUUCGGAGACACUACUCCUCCAUCGACCGGCACGCCCGCAUCCUCGCUCAGGCCGUGCACGCCCAUGUCGUCCUUUCACACCCGCCGCCAGGCGACGCCGCUGCCGCCGCUCACUUCCCCGCUGCGCCGCGCUUCUCGCCUGCGUUCGCCGCACGCCUCGCGCGCGACCUGCAGCCCGCCGCCGCCAUGGACGGCACUGUCGUCGACGUGAUGCACUGGGCGAGCCGCUGCACGCUGGACAUGCUCGGCAGCGCCAUCUUUGGUGCUACGUUUGACUCGGCCUCCGAGGACGGCGACGGGAGCGAAAUUGACCCCAAGGUUCAGCGCCUGCACCGCGCGACGGCCGACGUGGAGCAGCGCACGAGCGUGCUUAACAUCUGGGAGAUGCUCGGCAUCGAGCUCACCUCGCAUCGCCUCCUCCCCGCCGCACUCGGCUUGAAGAUCCUUCCCACGCUCCGCGCCGCGCGUGCUCUGCGCGAAGCCGUCGCCGACAUGGCCAAGGACGUGCUGGAGCGCAUGAAGCUCGACGAGCCCCCGAGCUUGGGCCACUCAAAUCCCGCUGGCGCCAGCAGCAGUGGGGUGAACGACUCCAAGGCGGUUCACCAGGGAUUCCUGCAGCGGCUCAUGAGCGUAAAAGGCGACGAGAAGCUCUCCGACGAUGAUAUCAUCCAGCAGCUCGUCACUCUUAUCAUUGUCGGCCACGAGACCACGUCGACGGCACUCUCAUGGACGUUGCACUGCCUCGCACGCCACCCCGAGGUGCAAGAGAAGCUGCGUGGCGAGCUGCGCUCCGCAGCCGUUGCAGAGCUACCGCAAGACGGCCCGGCGCGUGUGGACACGAUCCUGCACCGCCUGCCGUACUGGGACAAGGUGGUGCGCGAGGCGUUGCGUCUCUACACGCCUGUUCCCGUCACGCGUCGCCAAGCGGACCACGACACUGUCGUUCCGCUGCGCGACGAGGUGUGCUUGCGCAACGGCGCGCGCACCCGCCACAUCGCCGUGCGUAAGGGCACUGCGCUGACUGUUCACUCCUGGGCGCUCCACCGCGACCCUCGCAUCUGGGGCGCAGACGCGCACGAAUUUAACCCGGACCGCCCGCAGCCGGGCGCCAGCACGCUCAAAUCUCAGGAAGGCUGCGAUGGCGAAGGUGGCGGCCGCCCGCAGGCAUGUAUUGACUACAUGCCCUUCCUCGUCGGCAGCCGCAGCUGCGUAGGGCAGCGCUUUGCGCUGCUGCAGCUCAAGCUCCUCCUUUUCCACCUCGUCACCCGCUUCGACUUUCGCCCACUGCCCAACGUCGAGAUCGGGCACGUGCAAAUCAUUGCGCUGCGCCCUCUCGUCAAGGGGUUCGAGGCCGACGGCGGACAGCUGCCGCUGCUGGUCCGCGCGCUCGACUGAGCGCUCGACAGCCGGUACUGUCC